GCACAGUGCUACCCCGGCGCUCAGCUGAUGCACCCAGCCCGCUUCCCCCCUCGCUUUCACUCUGCUGUUUUAUCUCCAGUCCAUUCAUCGGAGGGUUUGCUUGGCCCAGUCCGCUACUCACAAAACUUCCUGCAUCGGAGGAAAAAGGUGGUGGUGGUGGUGGUGGGGUGUUACGGGGGUAGUUUUAGAGUCCGGGCUCCACUGUGAGGAUCAGGAGAGGGAUGGUGUGAUUCUUAAGAGACACAGAUUAUUAAAGAGGAAGAGGGAGACGCUCCGGCAGCAUCACUGAGACGCCCACCCCUGUCCUCGACCCCAUCCGUCUGUCUCCUUCAGCCCAGACUGGAGGUUUGAGAAGGGGGGGUGGAUCAUGGCUCAGACCAGGAGGAGCAUGUACAGCCGGACCACCAGCAGCGGCAGCAGCAGGAUGAGCUCAGACGGCGGUGGGCGGCCUGUCAAAGUGGGCUCCCUAGUGGAGGUGAUUGGAAAGGGCCAGCGUGGGACGGUGGCGUACAUCGGCACCACCCUGUUCGCCUCCGGGAAAUGGGUGGGCGUGAUCCUGGACGAGGCCAAGGGCAAGAACGACGGCACGGUUCAGGGCAAGCGCUACUUCACCUGCGAGGAGAAUCAUGGGAUAUUUGUCAGACAGUCCCAGAUCCAGCUGGUCGAUGAUGGAGCAGACACGACUUCCCCGGAGACGCCCGAGCCCGGCACCGCCAAGGUCCCCAAACGAGAGAUCCUGGAAACGCCCAAAUCUGCUAAACUGACCACGGCCCGACGGCCCAAGCAGCCCAGUCGGACCACGGGGAGCGCCGGGAAGGGGGCGGCGUCCGGGUCAGCCUCCGCCUCUGCUGGGGAGAUGAGCAGCAGCGAGCCCAGCACCCCCGCCCAGACCCCGCUGGCCGCCCCCGUCAUCCCCACCCUCCACUCCCCCGGAAACCCCCCAGCCCCAACCCCCAGCAAGGAGGAAGAGGCGCUGCGUGCUCAGGUGAAGGACCUGGAGGAGAAGCUGGAGACUCUGAAGAUGAAGCGAACUGAGGACAAAGCCAAGCUGAAGGAGCUGGAGAAGCACAAGAUCCAACUGGAGCAGCUGCAGGAGUGGAAGAACAAGAUGCAGGAGCAGCAGGCGGAGCUGCAGAAACAACUGAAGGAGGCCAAGAGGGAGGCAAAAGAAGCCCUGGAGGCCAAGGAGCGCUACAUGGAGGAGAUGUCGGACACGGCGGAUGCCAUCGAGAUGGCCACGCUGGAUAAGGAGAUGGCCGAGGAGAGGGCGGAGUCUCUGCAGCUUGAGGUGGACUCACUCAAGGAGAAGGUGGACGAGCUCACCAUGGACCUGGAGAUCCUCAAGCACGAGAUCGAAGAGAAAGGUUCAGAUGGAGCUGCUUCCAGUUACCACGUCAAACAGCUGGAAGAGCAGAACAGUCGCCUGAAGGAGGCUCUGGUCAGGAUGCGCGACCUGUCGUCGUCAGAGAAGCAGGAACACGUCAAGUUACAGAAACAGAUGGAGAAGAAGAACGUGGAGCUGGACACCUGGAGGAGUCAGAAGGAGAAGCUGCAGGAGGAGAUGACAGCGGCGGAAAAGACCAUCGACGAGCUGAAGGAGCAGGUGGAUGCAGCGUUGGGGGCCGAGGAGAUGGUGGAGACUUUGACCGAGAGGAACCUGGACCUGGAGGAGAAAGUCCGGGAGCUCAGAGAGACCGUCACGGAUCUGGAGGCCAUUAAUGAGAUGAAUGACGAGCUGCAGGAAAACGCCCGAGAGACGGAGCUGGAGCUCAGAGAGAUGUUGGAUCUGGGAGGAGCUCGAGUCCGAGAGGCUGAGAAACGAGUGGAGGCUGCACAGGAAACAGUGGCCGAUUAUCAGCAGACCAUCAAGAAGUACAGAGAACUGACCGCUCACCUGCAGGAGGUGAACAGGGACCUGACCAGCCAACAGGAGGCGUCGGCCGAGCUACAGCAGCAGACGCCUGCAGAGAUGUUCGACUUCAAGAUUAAAUUUGCAGAAACGAAGGCAUACGCUAAGGCCAUAGAGAUGGAGCUGAGGAAGAUGGAGGUGGGUCAGGCCAACAGACACGUGUCUCUGCUCACUGCCUUCAUGCCUGAGUCCUUCCUCCGACACGGCGGCGACCACGACUGCAUCCUGGUUCUGCUGCUCAUCCCCAGGCUCAUCUGCAAGGCGGAGCUGAUCAGUAAACAGGCCCAGGAGAAGUUCGACCUGAAUGAGAACUGUGUGGAACGAGCUGGCCUUAAAGGCGCCGUGGGUGAACAGCUGAGCUUCGCUGGAGGCCUGGUCUACUCGCUCAGUCUGCUGCAGGCGACGCUGCACAAAUACGAGCAAGCUCUGGAUCAGUGCAGCGUCGACGUCUACAAGAAGAUCGGAUCUCUGUACCCGGAGAUGAGCGUCCACGAGCGUUCGCUGGAUUUCCUCAUCGACCUCCUGCACAAAGACCAACUGGACGAAACCGUCAACGUGGAGCCACUCACCAAAGCCAUCAAGUACUAUCAGCACCUGUACAGCAUCCACCUGGUGGACCAGAACGAGGACUGCACCAUGCAACUGGCCGACCACAUCCGAUUUACCCAGAGUGCCUUGGACUGCAUGGCGGUGGAGGUGGGCCGUCUGCGGGCCUUCCUCCACGCCGGUCAGGAGAAGGCCGACCUGGCCGUCCUCCUCAAGGACCUGGAAACGUCCUGCAGUGACAUCCGACAGUUCUGCAAGAAGAUCCGCCGCAGGAUGCCCGGAACCGACGCCCCCGGCAUCCCGGCGGCGCUCAACUUUGGACAGCAGGUGUCGGACACGCUGUCGGACUGUAGGAAACACCUGACCUGGGUGGUGGCGGUUCUGCAGGAGGUGGCGGCGGCUGGAGCCCAGAUGAUGUCACCACUGGGGGAACAGGAGGGACUGUCGGCCGUCAAACUGGAGGAUGUGGCGUUCAAGGCCGGAGAACAGAUCUACGGAUCGCAGGGCGCCAACCCCUAUGAGUGUCUGCGACAAUCCUGCAGCAUCGUCAUAGCAACCAUGAACAAGAUGGCCACCGCCAUGCAGGAGGGAGAGUACGACUCAGAGAAGCCUCAGAACAAGAAUCCUCCACCAGUCGACCUGCGGGCGGCGGCUCUUCGGGCAGAAAUCACUGACGCAGAAGGACUGGGCAUGAAGCUGGAGGACAGAGAGACGGUGAUAAAAGAGCUGAAGAAGUCUCUGAAGAUUAAGGGGGAGGAGCUAAGCGAGGCCAACGUCCGCCUCAGUUUACUGGAGAAGAAACUGGACAGUUCAUCCAAAGAUGCCGAUGAGCGUGUGGAGAAGAUCCAGACCCGACUGGAUGAAGCCCAGACACUGCUGAAGAAGAAGGAGAAGGAGUUCGAGGAGACGAUGGACGCCCUCCAGGCGGACAUCGACCAGCUGGAGGCGGAGAAGACGGAGCUGAAGCAGAGGAUCAACAGCCAAUCAAAGAUGACCGUGGACGGGCUGAGAGGAAGCGGCUCAACGGGAAUCGCCUCCAUCGUCACCGGAAUAACAGGAGACGAACAGAAAGCCAACCUGAUGUCUGGUGUCGGUCCCGGUUCUGGGGUCCAGGUGAUGGACUCUCCUCUGCUGACCCAGCAGAUCCAAGCCCAGAGACUGUGCAUCAAACACCUGAAGAACGACAACAACCGACUGAAGGCUGAGAGGAUGCGGGCCCAGCUGGCCUCGCUGCCCCCCCUCCACGUCACCAAACUCCCCUCCAAGGACGGGGGCGGUCCUGAGGUGGUCUCCAGCGCCCUGUACCGUAAAACCGACCAGCUGUUGGAGACGCUGCUGCAGAUGAGCGCCAACGUCAAAGUGGUGGACGUCACCGGCAAGUGUCCAGUGACCCCCAGUGGUCAGCUGUUGGAACAGACGGCCCGCUUACAGUCCCUGAGGGACACCCUGGACCGGCUCAAGGAUGAAGUGGCAGAACACGUGGUGAACCAACAGCCUGGAGCCAGAGUGUCAUCUGACUUUGCAACGUUCCCAUCCACGACGUUUGUGAAGGCGAAGGAGGAGCGGUUUGCCGACGCCGUCCUGGUGGGUCGGGUUCUGGUCCCGUGUCCUCGUGGUCAGGAGCAGGUCCACCGCCUGGUCCUGUCCCAGUCCCAGCUCCAGAGAGUCCACAGUCUGCUGAGGACGUAAACCACUGCUGCCCCCCCCCCCAAACCAAACCCCGCCCACCAUCAGAUCUGUGUCCACGCCAGGGUCAGAGGUCACGACCAGGACGCACGGUAUUUAAAUCUGAUCAGUGAUUGACGCGACUGAAGGUUUUAUCUGAAGGACUUUGACCUUUGAGCUGCUUUUACAUGGAUCUAAUGUUCAACUGAAGGAGAACGGAUCACAUAGAACCGGUUCCACGUCCUCCCAGUUUGAUCUGAAGUGGAUCAGAGCAGGAAAACAACAACAGUACAAUGUAACGACAAACAUUAUCUAUAGGCUUUAGAGUCAAACAAGUGGUUCCAGGCACAACAAGCCCCGCCUCUCACAUGUACAGGAGCUUAUUUUAGCAUCCAUCCAGCUGAUGUCAUCAUUAGUCGCUUUUCCAUCGGACACCUGCGCAAAACUUUACCGAGAUUUAUGAAAAGCCCCCCCCCCCCC